AUGUUCAAGGACGGAAAUUCAGUCUUCUCGCUAGAUAAGUCCAAUCAGAGCAACCCUAAAAUGACAUUGAGCAGCACUCUCUAUCUAUUAUCGGUUUCCGUGUUGGCUGGGAGCUUACUCAUAAUUGGUUACUGCUUCUAUGAACAUAUAUGCACCGAAUGGCCCUGGUCUGGAUUUCCUUUGGCUGUGCUGCCUGGCAAAGGCCGUAAGCCGAAGGAAAGCUACAUGGAAUCUGCCAGCAGGACUAUUGCUGCCGGUCUCGAGAUGUUUUCGGGUCCUUUCCAAAUCAUAACCAGUACCGGCCCUAAGCUCGUGUUGCCUCACAAGUACGCCGAUGAAAUUCGGAACCGCCCAGAGCUGGACUUCAAUGAAGCAUUCCGCAAAGAUUUUUUUGCUCACUAUCCUGGAUUUGAUGGUUUCAAGGCCAGCUUGGAUAAUCCUUUCUUGAUUCCGCAGACACUGCGCUUGAAGCUGACACCAAGUAUGGGACUCGUUACACAACACCUUGUGGACGAGGUAACUGAUGCUCUGCAUGAUAUUUACGGAGAGGAUCAGAACUGGCACUCGGUUACCUUCAAGCAAAACAACCUCGACUUGAUAGCACGCCUUUCCUCGAGGGCGUUCUUGGGCAAACCGAUUUGCCGCGAUAAGCGGUGGCUGGAAAUUGCCAAAAUGCACACUGUCGACUCCUUCUUGGCGGCUCGGGACCUGCGAGCUCAGCCCUUCUUCUUGCGACGCAUAAUGCACAGGUUUAUGCCACACAACGUUAACAUCCAACGGCACUACACUGAUGCCAGCAGGAUCAUCAGCGCCGAGGUUGAAAGUAGAAGACGACGAGCCGAGCAGCUUUUAUCCAAGGGCAAAAAGCCACCACGGGUUUCCGAUGCGAUUGGAUGGAUGGUUGAAGUAGCCAAUGGGAAAAAGGUCGAUUACGUGGCCGCUCAGCUCUCCCUGACCGUUGCUUCCAUCCAUGCCACGACUGAGGCGCUUACGGUGGCUCUCAUGGAUGUCGCCAACUAUCCAGAAAUUAAAAAGGAACUGCGUGAAGAAGUGAUCCAAGUCGUCGGCGAGAGCGGCUGGAGCAAGCAGACGCUUUAUAACAUGAAGCUCAUGGACAGCUUUUUGAAGGAGUCACAGCGACUUCACCCACCUAGCGAUGUAACUUUGAACCGGAAGGUCAUGCGGAAUAUCACCCUUUCAGACGGAACUCGCCUCCCAAAGGGUGCUAUUCUUAUGGUCGCCUCUGCGACAAAACUCCGAGACUCAGAAAUCUACGAAAGGCCAAACGAGUUUGACGCGCGGCGCUUUCUGCGACUUCGUGACGACUCCUCGAACACCGCGAAUCAAUAUGUUUCCACUUCCAACGAGAUGUUUGCCUUUGGUGAGCAACAUACGAUAUUUGGCAAGGUUUUCAAAAUGCAAGGGUUCCAUGCUGACGUGAAUGAACAUGGGGUUACCAAAGGACAUGGGAGGCACGCGUGUCCGGGACGGUUCCUUGCCAGCAGCGAACUCAAAGUCGCACUGGCACACAUGCUCCUCAAGUACGACUGGGAAUUGGACGUAACCGACACGAAGCCAAGGUUCUUCGACAAUGAGACGGCGCACAUGACCAGUCCCAUGGUUAAGCUCAGGGUGAGGAGAAGAAGGGAGGAGAUCAAUCUGGACCUGAACGAAGAUUGGAAUCUGUCGGAUAGUGAAGACCAGGGGUAUACAACUUUCUUCGGAAAGUUAGUUACUGAGCCUCGGGGUUUAUACGCAUGGGUUUCUCCGCUGCGCUUCAACUCUUUGCACUUUUGUGUCUUCAUUUUCCAGCCAUCCUGUAGCUUCACCAUGGUCAAGUCAGGCCCGUUCUAUUCUUUUCUGCCUGCUGUGGCCCGAGUGUGGGCAGUGAGCCUGUCGGUCCCCUCGCCAAGAGAUCUUUUCGACGACCCGUGCAUCACCUUUCGUUUGCCUCCUCGGUCUGUCAACGCGACGUACCUUGGUGAAGCCUCGGUUGAGUGGCCCUGGACUCAACCACCGUUUGGCUUUGGUUAUGGAAAAUGGGCUCUCGCUUGGACGAGUAUAGAGGAGUACUGGGGCUGGUCCAACAUGCAGAACGAAUGGUACCCGCUAAAUAGCACAAUCAGCGGCCACCUGGUCUCGGACAUCAGGCCGACCGUCAUCGCCGACGUCAACACCUUUCAACUGGGGAGCAACGACACUGUGAUCAAAACGCCGGCAUUUGAUGUCCCCCUGGCGGGUGAGACGUACGCGUGGAACUUCACGAUACCGUCUGACAUUGUCGGGUCGCACGACAACACGGCUUGGACGGGAUGGGGAUACGACUUCCACGCGCAGGGGGCACCUUACUUUGUGAGUUACGACGCCACGUCCACGGGCAUCAAGAACAUAUCACACGGCGUCUCCGUCUACAGCGCACGCGAGGGGGGGCCCACCAAAGAGACCGUCGACGAGGCCGCGGCAUGUUACGACCGUCUCGGCAGCAAGACCUUUGCCGCCCUGUUCCGCUCGAUGCGCCGCACGCCAACAGACGGCCGUCGCACCCAUGAGCUGUCAUGGCAUGGCGGAUAUGCGGCCGUGUCGGUCGCUGUUGGCACGAGGAAGCAUCAGAGUGUGCUCAAACGGAGGGGGGCUGUUUUGACAGGAUAA